AACUGCUUGGGAAUGGUAUUAGCAACUGCCGCCCUUCUCUUCUCUGUAUGCACCGGUGCAGUCCUGUGGCUCUUUAUAAAGAACAGGAGCAGCCAAAUUGUGAAAGCCAAUAAUCGGAACCUCAGCUACAUCCUUCUUGUUUCUCUCUUCUUGUCCUUCUGCUGCUGUUUCUUGUUUAUUGGGCGCCCUGUGCCCAUAACCUGCAUCCUGAGACAAACUGCAUUUUUGUUCUUAUAUACUGUCGCCAUUUCUUCUUUACUUGGAAAAACAUUGACUGUUGUAAUUGUAUUUCAUGCCACAAAACCUGGGACCAGGUUAAGGAAAUUUGUGGGAUCUAGGGUUUCUAUUUCUCUUGUACUACUUUGUUCAUUAGGCAAACUUGCCAUUUGCAGCACUUGGCUGAUAUGGGCUACACCAUUUGUGGCACUCGAUACCAAGACAACACAAAAGACAAUGACUCUCUGGUGCAAUGAAGGUUCUAUUGCUGCUUUCUAUGUGGCAGUUGCUUACACAGCUGCAUUAGCUCUUCUUAGUUUUAUUGUUGCCUUUAUGGCAAGAAAAUUACCAGACAGAUAUAAUGAGGCACAGCACAUCACCUUCAGCAUGCUGGUGUUCUUUAGUGUCUGGGCCUCCUUCAUCCCAACAUAUCUGAGCACCAAAGGCAAAUACAUGGUGGCUGUGGAGAUAUUCGCCAUCCUUGCCUCUACUGCUGGAUUAUUGUCCUGUGUAUUUGUCCCUAAAUGCUAUAUUAUACUCUUAAACCCUAAACAAAUCACCACAAAGACUAAUAUAUUGAUAUUAUGA